UAUUACUCUUAAUAUGUUCUCCCCUCCCUCUCUCGUGGGGAGCACGAGUGUUGUUUUCCCCCCCCCCAAUUUAACAACGUUGCCAGGCCCCCGCCCGGGGCCUAUCUGGAGUACCUAGGCUCUGGCUCAGCAGUCAAAACAUCAGAGGCGGGUUCCGCGAUCAGCCGCUAAUUGCCUCAUUAGCGACUGAUUAACGCAGAUAACGGGCUUCCCUGGCUUCAUUCUGUCGGCUGUUCUCUCCUGUUUUAUCUUCUUCUCGCUUUCCUUUUCACUCUCUCUCUCGGGAUGAGGGGUGGGGUCCCUGCUUCUCCCGGACCGGAUAGGGAGUUCCUUCCCCACGCCCUUCUCUCUCAGGUAGUCCUGCUGCGCCCUGACUCGGAGCCGCGGCUUUCACCACGUCACUCCUCUGUCUCCCCGGGACUCACCGCAACAGUUGUUUAUUCGGGCUGACCGUGACUCCAAGGACGUCGAUCCACCGUUCGCCGUCUGCGGAUGUGCAAAGAUCCACCUUAUAAAGUUGAAGAAUCUGGGUAUGCUGGUUUCAUUUUGCCAAUUGAAGUUUACUUCAAAAAUAAGGAAGAACCUAAGAAAGUCCGCUUUGACUAUGACUUAUUCCUGCACCUUGAAGGCCAUCCACCUGUAAAUCACCUCCGCUGUGAAAAGCUCACAUUCAACAACCCAACAGAGGAAUUCCGAAGAAAGCUACUGAAGGCUGGAGGGCAACACAGGAGCCAGCACCUCAGGACCAGUGAGCAGAUCAUGGUAAUGUCAGACGGCACAUCAAUUCCUUCGGGACAGAGCCUUCAUCUCCCCAACCUUCCCAGUAACUCUCUGACUUUUUCUGAAGUGAAGAAGAAAUCAUCUCAUGGGCAAAAGGACCCAAGUAGGAGUAUAAACACAAGCAGCAGUAGCGGCGGCAGCAGUAGUAACAGUUUUUCAAAGCCCCACAAAUUAACAAAGGAGCACAAAGAAAAACCUUCUAAGGACUCAAAAGACCAUAAAAGUGCCUUCAAAGAACCUUCCAGGGAACACAACAAAUCUUCCAAAGAAUCCUCUAAGAAACCCAAAGAAAACAAACCACUAAAAGAUGAAAAAAUAGUUCCUAAGAUGGCUUUCAAGGAACCCAAAACCAUGUCUAAGGAGCCAAAAUCUGAGAACAACAUCCUUACUAUAACAGGUGGACACCAGCAAGAAAAGAAGGCCCCAACAAAAAGGCCGACUGUUACAGAUUCUGAGGAACUUUCUGCCAAAAAAAGGAAAAAAAAUAGCUCAGAGUCUUUAUUUAAAAGUUUUUCUAGUGCUCCUCCGCUGAUACUUACUUGUUCUUCUAACAAAAAGCAAACAAAGGAUAAAUCUCAGUCUAAAAUGGGGAAAGUCAAAAUGGAAAGUGAGACACUCGAGAAAAAAAAGCCUACUUUACCACCAUUUGAUGAUAUUGUGGAUCCCAAUGAUUCUGACAUGGAGGAAAAUGUGUCCUCUAAAUCUGAAUCUGAACAACCUAGCCCAGCCAGUUCAAGCUCAAGUUCCAGCUCCAGUUUUACACCAUCGCAGAACAGCAGACAACAAGGUCCCUUGAGGUCUAUAAUGAAAGAUCUGCAUUCUGAUGAUAAUGAAGAUGAAUCAGAUGAAGCAGAUGAGAAUGACUCUGAAAUGGAGAGACCUGUAAAUACUUGUGGAGGAAACAGAGGUCGCAGGGUUAGUCUAAGUGAUGGCAGUGACAGUGACAGCAGUUCAGCCUCCUCACCACUACAUCAUGAACCACCACCACCUUUAUUAAAAACUAACAAUAACCAGAUUCUAGAAGUGAAAAGCCCAAUGAAGCAAAGUAAAUCUGAUAAACAAAUAAAGAAUGGUGAUUGUGAUAAGGCAUAUCUUGAUGAACUAGUAGAACUCCACAGAAGAUUAAUGACAUUGAGAGAAAGACAUGUACUACAGCAGAUUGUAAACCUUAUAGAAGAAACUGGCCAUUUUCAUAUCACAAACACAACUUUUGACUUUGACCUUUGCUCGCUGGACAAAACCACAGUCCGUAAACUACAGAGUUACCUGGAAACCUCUGGGACAUCUUGAGGAUACAGCAUCAGGCUGCAUCAAAAAAUAUUGUGGUUUUUUUUUUAAACAAAACAUUCAGAAUGAUGCAACCAAAAUGAGAAAAAAAUGUACCAGCCCUCUUCAGCUUUAUUUUAUUUUAAAGCCAGUCAUCAUCUCUUGAUAAAGGAGAGGAAAAGUGACAAGACUCAGAGGAUCUUCUCACCAAGGAAAUGCUCUGGAAGAGUUAGCCUGGAUAGCCUUGAAAAACAAAACAAAACAAAACAAAAAAAACCCUUAUUCUUUAAUGAAUGUGUAUGGUAUCAUGUAUCUCUCUGUGGUGUUCAAGUCCACAAGACGAAUGCAUGUUCAACACACUGCCUUAUUACAUAACUGAUCUAUUUAUUAUUGCAUACAUAUAUUCUGAAAUCAUUGAGGGAAUGACACUACCAGAUGCUACAAGUACUUGGGUCUAUGUAUGCUCCUUUGAUGCAGUGCCAUCACCAUCACAAUCCUAGUAACCUUAUUCAUAUUAAAAUGCCACUUAUUGCUGACUUUUUCUAGCCACUUAAAAUGCUGUAGUCUUGUUUCCACGUCUGCAGUUCCGGGAAGCGAGGUACAAAGUAGGGGACCAAAAAGUGGCCCUAUUUUUUGUUUCCAAUCUGCCAUGGUGGGUUGGACCACAGGUUCUUAGCGCUCUCCAUUUAUUGAUCUUGGACCACGGUAGAAAAUGCACCAAAUAGGAUCAUAUGACUUGCUGUCUAGCCUUAGUCAAUAAACCAGUAGGACUUUUAACAAAAAAGUGUUACUCUCUACUGUCCUGAAUCCAACAUUGUUUGUCAUCAACAUUCUUGUGUCUGUUUUAAUGUUAUAAUAUUAGAUAUAUAUAUGAAAGUGAAGGCGUUCUACAGGAUCACCAUAAAAGGAGGAAUACUGGUCCUAUUUUGUAAGGAAAUGUUGUAGAAAAUUCUUAAUUUGGAGCUAUUUAUUACUACAAGUUUCGACACUCUUCUGCUGCUGGUGUGUGACUCAUCUUUACCAUAAAACUAUUGGCAUCACAUUUUUAUUUGU